AUGGAGGCCGUUUUACAGAGCAAAGGGCUUCUUUCUCUACCCCCAAAUCCCAAAACCAGGAGCUUAUUGCCUUCUCACGGCCUCCGCCAUAGGAUUUUAUCCACAAAGCCCCGAAAUCUUCCUGGGUUUUCCCUUUCCUCUAAUGGGUUCCAAAGAUUUCAGGGAUUUGUCCCCAAAAAUCCCUCGCUCUGUCCCAAAGAGCGAGUUUCCCUAAUCUGCAAGGCCGAAGCCGCCGCCGCCGCCGCCGAUGGACAGCCGGCGUUUGCGGAAACUGAGAGCCCUAAGUUUCUGGGGAUUGAGGUUGAGACCCUCAAGAAGAUUAUCCCUCUCGGGCUUAUGUUCUUUUGCAUCCUUUUUAAUUACACAAUUCUUAGGGAUACGAAGGAUGUGUUGGUUGUGACGGCUAAAGGUAGCAGCGCAGAGAUUAUUCCAUUUUUGAAGACUUGGGUUAAUUUGCCUAUGGCUGUUGGUUUUAUGUUGCUGUAUACCAAGUUGGCCAAUGCGCUGCCUAGGCAGGCCCUGUUCUACACAGUUAUCGUCCCAUUCAUUGCCUUCUUUGGGGCUUUUGGGUUUCUUUUGUAUCCCCUCAGCAACUAUAUCCACCCCGAAGCUUUUGCUGAUAAGCUUCUCAACACGCUUGGCCCGAGGUUCCUUGGCCCUCUGGCUAUUAUGAGGAUCUGGAGCUUCUGUUUGUUUUAUGUGAUGGCUGAGUUGUGGGGAAGCGUGGUGGUUUCUGUUCUGUUCUGGGGAUUUGCCAAUCAGAUUACAACUGUUGAUGAAGCCAAAAAGUUCUAUCCCUUAUUUGGACUUGGUGCAAAUGUUGCCCUCAUUUUCUCGGGUAGGACCGUGAAGUAUUUCUCGAAUUUGAGGAAAAAUUUGGGUCCUGGAGUUGAUGGUUGGGCAAUUUCUCUAAAAGGAAUGAUGAGUAUUGUGGUCGGUAUGGGGCUUGCAAUCUGUUUCCUCUAUUGGUGGGUGAAUAAGUUUGCUUCUCUUCCUACUCGCAGCAAGAAGAAGAAGGAAAAGGUUAACAUGGGGACAAUGGAGAGCUUGAAAUUCUUGGCAUCUUCAAGGUACAUCAGGGAUCUUGCCACUCUGGUGGUCGCGUAUGGAAUCAGUAUCAACCUUGUCGAGGUUACGUGGAAAUCGAAGCUCAAAGCACAGUUUCCAAGCCCGAACGAGUACUCUUCUUUCAUGGGAGAUUUCUCAACUGCUACCGGAAUAGUAACGUUCAUAAUGAUGUUGCUAAGUCAAUAUAUAUUCAACAAGUAUGGAUGGGGAGUUGCAGCCAAUAUUACGCCCACAGUGCUCCUCGUGACCGGAGUUGCUUUCUUUUCAUUGAUUUUGUUUGGAGGCCCGAUCGCGCCUAUGCUUACCCAGUUUGGGUUAACUCCUCUUCUUGCUGCUGUUUAUGUGGGUGCUAUGCAAAACAUCUUCAGCAAGAGUGCCAAGUACAGUUUGUUUGAUCCUUGUAAAGAAAUGGCUUACAUUCCUUUGGAUGAGGAUACCAAGGUCAAAGGGAAGGCUGCCAUYGACGUCGUCUGCAACCCAUUGGGGAAGUCUGGAGGCGCUCUCAUUCAACAAUUCAUGAUCUUGACAUUCGGGUCUCUUGCCAACUCGACUCCAUACCUCGGAGGAAUCCUGUUGGUCAUCGUCCUUGCAUGGUUGGGAGCAGCCAGAUCCUUGGACAGCCAGUUCACAGCUCUGCGCCGGGAAGAAGAGCUCGAGAAGGAGAUGGAAAGAUCAGCCGUGAAGAUCCCAGUCGUGUCACAGAACGACGGUGACAACGGCUCCCUAGCGGGCCGCUCGCCUUUGAACCCCACAGCAGGAGACUCUGCGAGCAGUUCAUCUGAAACCUCAGCCCCAACCAACGCCUAGAUUUGUCCUCCCAUCGCUAAUUCAAACAAACAGGGAGAAGUUGGUUUGUUUGGCUUAGAAUUUUGUGUUAGUUUUCUAUAGAAUAAAAAUUAGCCAAGACAGUAUGAUCUGACUUUUUUCCUUAAAUCUCUUUCUUUUUUUUUGCCCUCAAUAUAAUUUAAUCGCUCUUGUACCGUAUUUGUAAUCGCAUUUAUAUAUAAUGGGGGGAACCCCCAAAUUUUAUUGUAAUUCCAUUUAUCUCAUGAUAGUUUUAGAAAAGCUGUAUGGAUUUUCUGGAUGA